UAUAACAAUUUUCAUAAGUGUUUAGUUAAACUUUUAAUAAGGUAGGGAAAUCAAGUAAAAUUGUCAAUCAUAAAUAUUAAUAAAUAGCUUAAAAUAAUUGGUAUGUAUCACAAUUAUAUAUACUCUCUAACUCUCAUAAUGAUUUUGACUUAUGUAUCAAAUAAAUUCUUAUAUAAACUUCUCACACUUUGUCAUUCCCACAAGUAUGUAGUUGGCUUCAAGUUCAAUAAAACACAAACUUUUACCUCAAAAUCAUGUUGAAAAUAAAAAUAAGUUUAGACUAUAUCUUAUUGUCCACAUAAAAAAUUAAAAAAGAAAAACAACAACUCUCUGUGCUAUGAAUUAAAGUCAUUACUACACAUUGAUUUUUAACGUGUACUCUAUCUUGUGGUUUUAUAGAGAGCAAUUCAAGUUUGUCCUAAAUUGUAUUUUGUGGUGAAAGAAAUAACAACACUUUCUCCCUAUGGAUGGAUCUUAAUCGGGACUUGUACCUCAUAUAUUGCUAUAUCUCAUUUUCCCCAUAAAGAAAGAUUAAAAAGUGUUGCGAAUUACCAUGAUAAAUCAAAAGGUAAAAAAAACAAAGCAAGAGGAAGUAGUGUUCAUGUUUUUCUUUUUCUUUUUCCUUUUCUUUUAAUUUUUCUAUUUAAAAAUGGAUAUACUUGUCCACAGUUAAAGUUAACCUAAAAUGCUGAAUUCUUACUUAAAGUAUCAACAUUAUACAAACUAAAACUAUACUAGAUUUCCACUUUCCACUUCUUCCUUCCUCAUCUCUUGCUCAUUUCCAACCCCUUUUCCAUUAACACCAUUUUUAUUUUUGUGGUGGACAAUUUAACACCAUUAACACUAUACUAUUAUAAAGUUUUUAUACUUCAAUUAUCAUGCCGUAGUUAUUAUAAAUAGAGCUACGCGUAUUUGCUUCACUUUUCCCCUCCGAUUUUCUCUCACUUACCCACUUUUUUCACACUUCUUUAUUUUCAAUAUAUUGCACUCUUAUUCAUCUCUAUUAUCACAUUACAUGAUUCUUAUGUGAUUUUCAUAUCCUUUACUCACUUUCAUUACAAAAUUAUAAUCUUCUUGCAUGGAUCAACCUUUUUUCUUCUUUUUCUUCUUACAAUUCUUGUUUUUCAAGGGAACUUUUGGUGCAACAAUCACUACAUUAAACAAGUGUGAUUACACUAUUUGGCCCGGUGUACUAUCCAAUGCGGGUAGCCCCGAUAUAGGAUCCACCGGGUUUGAGCUCUCCUCGGGCGGGUCUAGAUCUUUUCAAGCUUCCCCGGGCUGGUCGGGCCGGAUAUGGGCCCGAACCCGUUGUGGGCAAGAUUCCACCUCGGGCCGGUGGGUUUGCUCGACAGGUGAUUGUAGGACGGGUCAACUUGAGUGCACCGGGUCGGGGGCUACCACGCCCGCAACCCUUGCUGAGUUCACCAUCGGGCAUGGACCCACCGAUCAUGAUUUCUAUGAUGUCAGCCUUGUGGAUGGGUUCAAUGUUCCUAUGGUCAUUGAGACCGAAGGAGGGUUUGAUUCGUGUCUACCCACGGGUUGUGCAUCCGACUUGAACCAACAAUGCCCUAGCGAGUUACGGGUCGCUGAGGGCGAUGCUUGUAACAGUGCUUGUGGAGCAUUCGCCACGCCGGAGUAUUGUUGUAGUGGCACAUAUGCAUCACCAAGUACUUGUGCACCUUCUCAAUACUCAAAGAUGUUUAAGUUAUCUUGUCCACAUGCAUAUAGUUAUGCAUUUGAUGAUCCUACAAGUACAUAUACGUGUGUAGGUGCCGAUUAUACCAUUACAUUUUGUCCCUCUUUAACAAGCCAGCAAAAAUCUUCUCUUGGUGGUUCUCAAUCUUCAUCAAUCGGAUCCGGACUUGGAUCCUUAUUUGACAAUGAUAAAUGUCACAAAAAAGUGUGCGUAGGAGGUGGUCAAUUUUUAUCAAAGAGUCCAAGCAAAAUAACAAACCAAUUUUAUUUUGCUUGGCAAUACAUCACUAUUUUUAUUUCUACUUUAAUAUUAUCUCUCCAAUUUUUUUGCUUAUAAUUGCAUUUUCUCUCUCUUUCUCCAUGCACAUACAUGCAGCGUAGAUCUUUUUAUUUUUUAGAACUCCAAUUAUUGAAUAAUUUUUUGACCGAUAUUUGUAAUGUAAAGUAGAAAGAAAAGAAAGAAAAAAGCGACAAGACAUACUUUAUGUACAGGAUAUUCAUUAUUCAUAUGAUAUGUCGUCGCAAAAGAUUUGUAUACGUCGAUUUCCUGUGUAAA